CACGUCGGCCAAGUGUAAUAACGUCAGUCAAUACGUAUGAUUGCGCGCUGGCUAGCUAUCGAUGUAACAGUCCACGGUAGAAAGCGUCGUCGAGUGCUUCCGGCUCCUCUAGCGACGAUGUCACGUAACGGGCAACAAUGAUGGAGGAAUUGCUUUCAGAAUGCGGUAUAUCGAAUCAGGAGGAUCGAAUCGUCGGUGGACGGCCGACAGCCCCGAAUAAAUACCCGUGGGUGGCGAGGCUCGUGUACGAGGGUCGUUUCCACUGCGGAGCGAGCCUCGUUACCAAUGAUUACGUUAUCACUGCUGCUCACUGUGUACGAAGGUUAAAGCGUUCGAAAAUGCGUAUAAUAUUGGGUGAUUACGAUCAAUACGUGAAUACCGAUGGAAAAGCUAUAAUGAGAGCAGUGAGCGCUGUAAUUCGUCACAAAAAUUUCGACAUGAAUUCGUACAAUCAUGACGUUGCCUUGCUGAAACUUCGAAAAUCUGUGAAAUUUUCCAAACGUGUCAAACCAGUAUGUUUACCUCAAAAAGGUAGCGAUCCAGCUGGUAAAGAAGGUACCGUGGUAGGCUGGGGUCGGACAUCGGAAGGUGGUAUGCUGGCUGGACAAGUCCAUGAGGUGCAAGUACCCAUAUUAAGUUUAAUACAGUGUCGUAAAAUGAAAUAUCGAGCUAAUCGAAUCACGGAUAAUAUGAUAUGCGCCGGUCGAGGCAGUCAAGAUUCUUGUCAGGGUGAUAGUGGCGGACCUCUUCUCGUGCAGGAAGGCGAUAGACUCGAAAUAGUUGGAAUAGUUUCUUGGGGUGUUGGCUGCGGAAGACCAGGAUAUCCUGGGGUUUAUACUAGAGUAUCUAGGUAUCUGAAUUGGAUUAACACAAACAUGAAACAAGGAUGUAUAUUCACCCGUAAUUCGACCCUGAACGUGAACCCGAACUGGUCAGGUACUGUCCAGUCGCCGACCAGUCGUGUCCUCCUUCUCUUCUGGAAUAGCAAUCACCUUCCUCGAAAACUCGUUCCUGACAGUGUCCGCGCGGCGGAUCCUUCGUCAACAGAGAGAAUCCUUUCCUGUGGAACGUGUAAACUUCGCACGGAUAACAAACGUGGGCAGAAUUUGAUCGAUCGGAAAAUGAGGUUCUCCCCGUGCAUUGGAUUACUAGCGGUCCUGGCUCUGGCUUCAAGAAGUUGUCAAGCAAGUACUUUCGGUGAAAAGGUGAAAAACUUUUUUGGUAUUUUUGGUAACAAACCACCGUAUGCUGUAGAAGCACCUGGACCAUGUUACUGCAGCUGCGGCCUGCGAAACGAAGAAAGUCGAAUAGUUGGUGGUCAAACGACUCGUAUGAAUGAAUUCCCAUGGAUGGCCAGGCUUUCGUAUUUGAACAAAUUCUAUUGUGGUGGAACAUUGAUAAACGAUCGAUAUGUACUUACAGCGGCUCAUUGUGUCAAAGGGUUCAUGUGGUUCAUGAUCAAGGUCACGUUCGGUGAGCAUGACAGGUGCACCGAGAAAGGAGCAGAAACGAGAUACGUGGUGAGAGUGCUAACCGGUGAUUUCAGUUUCCUCAAUUUCGACAACGACAUUGCCCUGUUACGUCUUAACGAAAGAGUGCCCCUCAGCGAUACCAUAAGGCCCAUAUGCCUGCCAUCAGUAAGAGAUAAGCAAUACGUCGGAUCGAAGGCAAUCGCGUCCGGCUGGGGUACGUUGUACGAGGAUGGCAAGCCUUCUUGCCUGCUGCAGGAAGUCGAGGUACCGGUUAUGAGCCUUCAGGAUUGCCGUAACACAAGCUACAAUCCACGCAUGAUUUCUGAUAACAUGAUGUGCGCAGGAUAUCCCGAUGGCCAGAAGGAUUCUUGUCAGGGUGAUAGUGGAGGGCCACUCAUAACCGAACGCGAAGACAAGAAAUAUGAGCUUAUAGGUAUAGUAUCCUGGGGAAAUGGAUGUGCUCGGCCAGGAUAUCCUGGUGUUUAUACGAGAGUUACGCGAUACAUAGACUGGAUCUUUAUCAUUCUCGAGAGGGAUGUUUCUGUGAACAGAAUUAAGAUCAAUAAUUGUUGUACACAACGAUGUUCAAACCAAUAGAUUUCUCUGUUUUGUCGUAUCAAUUAUUAUCACCGAAAAAUAUCACGAGAGAUAAAUAUUAGUUUGAUUUGAAAUGUUAUAACAUAAUUCGAUGCACGUUCGAGGAAAACUUUGAUUUCGUUAGGAAUAUUAAUUAACAAUCAGUUUUCAUAUUCGUGAAAUAUGUGUCGAAUAUAAGUGAUAUUCCAAGUGAUUCAAAAUUAAAUUUAU